CGCGGAAAUCCUCAUUUACUUUGUCUUAGGUCAAUUUACGUCAGAAAAUCGCGUAACAACAUUCCUAAAAGCACGAUUAGACAUUAAAAUGGUGAAAUGUGCAACGUUACUGCAGUUACCUGCCCGUAAAGUUGUCUAAUAUAGCUAACCUAGCUGUGCAAGCUAACCUAGCUGUAGCAGUUCGUGCUGCGCAGAACGCGUUCAGGGGGAUUUGAUCCUGUGCUCGAGGUUUAAGUUAACUAACUAUUUGGAUUCUGUACAUUUAUAUAUAAACUAAGCGGAUCGAUCACAGCUGGAUGCUUCAGUUUUAUAUGAACCAACCAGUUGCAUUUAUGUUGAAAACAGCGGUUUAUAGCGCGAGAGUCACAUUCAGGUGGAAGGACGGAGUGCCCGACCCCGAACGUUAGAGGGCGACGGCGAAAUGAAGGUAGACCUAUUGUGUCCGUUUUCUCCUCUCCUCUUCCUGCUCGCCAAACAAAACGACUAGCAGGCGACGCCAGGAAAACAGCGACAGCAGCUUUCGUCGCAGUCUUGCGUCGUGAACUGUUUUUGCCUGUAGGGUCUGUUUCCAGUAGCCAAGGAAGACAAAAGGACCACCACUCAAACAUAAAGCAGCCUCAUCUAAUCCAUCAACAAUGGUGAAGAUAUUUGUUGGCAACGUAGCUUCGGCAACCACAGAAGCAGAGCUCCGUGCGUUGUUUGAGCAGCAUGGCACUGUGUCAGACUGUGACAUCUUGAAGAACUAUGGCUUUGUGCACAUGGAUGAGGAGGAUGCCGCCCAGAAGGCCGUUGCUGCCUUGCAUAAGCACGUGCUCAAUGGCUCCCGCAUCACCGUUGAGUACGCUACUACCAAAGUGCGCAACGCCACCAAGAUCUAUGUGGGCAAUGUGCCUGAGGGUGUCACAGCUGCCAAAAUCAAGGAGCUCUUCCAGCCUUUUGGCAAGGUGGUGGAGUGUGAUAUUGUGAAGAAUUUUGCAUUUGUUCAUAUGCAGAGGGAAAAUGAGGCCUUGGAGGCCAUCAGGGAACUUAAUCAUUCUAAAGUGGAGGGUCAAAAGAUCUUUGUGUCCCUCUCUCGCAGUAACCAAGCCAAAAAUGGCAGAGGGGAGGACUAUCUCCCCCCUCCUCCCCAUCACUAUCCACCCCACCCACACCACCACCCUCACUACCUUCCCCCACGCCCUCCGCCCGGCGACUACUAUCCGCCUCGUGGUCGACUUCCACCGCCUCCUCUCCCUCCACCGCCUCCCCGUGCCUACUAUGAGCGCGAGGCGUACGAGAGGGGCGUUCGGCCCGACCCAUAUGCCGCAGCCUCCUCGCGUUAUUAUGAGCGGGAUCCCUACGAGCGACGUCUUCCGCCUCCGCAGCGACCGCUUUCUCCUCCUCUCGCCUCUCGCUACUACCGCGAGCGCAGCCCUUUGGGCAGUCGUCGCUCUCUCCUGCCUCCGCCACCCCCACCACCCUCCUCUGCCGGCUAUGCCCGCAGCUACGCCCGCAGCGUCGCAGGCUCCGCACCUCCUCCUCCUCCUCCUCCUCCCUCCUCCGCCUCGUCCUCCCACUAUCAGCGCUAUUCUCUCGGCUCAGGCUUUGAUAAAGAUGAUUACAUGGAGGAUAAAUACAGCAACGGCUUUGGUCGCGGCUACUAAAAUGCACGUUGUUCAAGUCAGAGUCCCCGUUUGGAAUUGUAGUGUACAAGUGAUCUAAGAGGGACGUAACUGCAGGGAGUAAAAUAUUUUUGACGGUUGUAGCUAAUUCUGACAACGGGUAGAUACUGUAUACAUUGAUUUGACUAUAAAUUAAAUUCAACUUAUUGAAGGAUCACGAAAUACUGAUUUGCAUUUAGACAGAUUUUUAUAGUGUAUUAAAAGAUAGUUGUAGAUAUAUAGAUAUCAGCUAUUUUUUUUCACAUUCAGUUCAAUAGUUGUUUUGUUUUUCUGUCAGGUUUUUUUUUUUCUUUAAGUGGUGUAUCAUGCAUGUUUGUCAGUUUAGAUUCUGAAGGAGUGUGAGGGACUGCUUCAGCCUUAGGGCUGAAUACAAAAGCUUGAGGUACUGUGUAGGCUUCCUCUUAUUAUUGACUUAUGACUAGAUGUGCUCUUGAGAUCUUUAUUUAACUGAAACCCACCCACCGCUACGUUGUCUUUUGUUUAGUAUUUAGAUGUGGUAUUUUAUUGAGAUUUGUCUUGAAGCAUGGCAUAUGACUUGCAUGGUUAAGAAAGAUAAGGCUCUAAUUUGAAGUCAAACAGAAAUCUUACCCAGGCUCCAAAGAUUCGAACACUACCCUGCGUAGUUGAGGUUGUUUUUAAUUGUAAUUAUUUAUUUAUUUUCUUUUGGAAGUUUCUUGUGGGUGGCUUUGAUGUGGUCUGAGUGAUUUGAAAGGCCCUGUUUGAAAUUAUUUUGUAUGUGAGAGUUGGGAUCAGUGUUAGGAGGAAGAGGAAGAGGGAGGAUGUGGGUAAAUGUGUGGUAGUGGGCGGAGCUGGGCACACACCGACUGAUGAACAAAUCACAUCUUACUGGCACGACAUCCACCGGCCGCUCAACACUUGGAAACUACGUCACCUCCUAGGAUAAAGCACCAUCAACUAAAGGAAACUCGGAAAGCAAAUGGCCAUCCGCUGACCGUCUAAAUAAACCAAAACGCUCAGGCUGAUUCUUAGAUUGCUACUCUGUAUUCCUAGAUAAACUGUGUUUUGCCGGUUAAUCGCUGCCGCAGACUGAAAAUCGUAGCCUCUCUUGGCUCUCAAGACAUUUUAGCGUUACAAUACAAUGGACGUGCUUGUGAUUGAAACCCCAACAUUGUAGCUUGUCCCACUUGUACUAUUGUUGCCUACGGUCUUAUUGUUAAAACACAAUUCUGCUUAAUAUGUACCUCUUAAAAAUCUCGACUGUUGAUGCGAACCGAUAUCUUUAUAAAUUGUUCCACUCAAAAUCUUCAGCGGUUGUUCGAACGUGAGUCGAUUUUUGUGCUUGUUUUGGUUACUUAAAAAAUAAAUUUAGUUAUGUCUCCAUUUAGCCGCUUAAAUAAAACAUCGACUGAUCUGACCCAUUCCGUAACGUUUUUCAUUUCACUGUUUUUAUUUUAAAACCUAAACUUUUUGUUACCUUUUUUGGUUGUUUAUUUUUUUGCAAAAAGGCAGUUUUUAUGCUGCCUUUCCGCCCACGUUAACACUCGUUUACUGCAGAGGACCUGCUCAAAUCUUUUUUUUUUUUUUUUUUUUUUUAAAUAUUAAGUAACGGGCUUGUAUGUGGUUGCUUAGCCGCUGAUACCACAGCACAGAGGGUGCUUAGAGUCCAAAAGCAGGCCAAAUGUAACUUGUGAGUUCCCAUCACUCAACCCUGCUAUUACUGUGUCCCUGCCCUAAGCCUUGGCCAAGGUUAAUAAAAUAUAAGUAGUCCUGUUAAAUAACAUUUGUAGCUGACUGUGGCCUCACAGAACAUGUAGGUGAGUGAAGUAAACAGGUAAGUAAUGUUGAAAAGCAUUGGUUUUAUCCAAACAUUUGUCUUGCUUGUGUGGAUCUACCUUAGUGUGCAACAGUCAGACACCCUAUUAUCUAUUUAAUUUUCAUUUAAAACGGCCAUUAAGUACAGAAAAAGCAGGAACCUCCAUUAUCAGAAAAUUACACAAAGGCAUCCAACACAAGUAUAUCAAAUCUAUCAGUAUUUAAUUUGCCCACUCGUUAUAUUUGUACACCUGCAACCACUUCCAUUUUACCGAUUUUAAUGCCAACCUGUUACAGCUGUGUCCUCCCAACAAAAGCUUUUCUUCACGGUGUCAUUGUCAUUAUAUUUCCCUUCAAAGAAACACUAAGUCACACAAACAACAGCCUGAACACACUUCAGCUGCCUGCAGAUUUCUCUCUCAUGUCCAUCUAAAAUGGCUACACGAGAUUAGAUAUAAUCCACUUGUAUAAGGAAAAGGGAAGCCAAGGAAAUGUAACAGUUUUAAAAUUUGUAAUAAUAUAUUAAAAAGAUAUAGAUAAAAUGACUGUUUAAGACAUGGUUAGCCCACCAAAACUGUCCCCAUCAAAUAAACAGUACUUUCGUCUUUGAUAGAGAGGAGAAAAUCUUCAGAUCUGAAAAAAAUCCACGGGUGUUUCUGUCCAUCCUUCGACUCUGAGAAGACAGUUCAGUGCCUUUACUGAGGAAAGGAAACAAAAGUGUGAAAAAUAUCCUUUCUGAUUUCUUUGGAAAACUGAAAGCAAGUCUCAUGAAAAGAAUGGAGGCUGGAAUAAAUACGGUGUGGACAUGCUAAGUUCUGAAAAUAUGAUAUCUAGUUGUUUCCCGUAAGUAUUUCUGUAUAAAUACUUACUGGCUGUUUUAACUGGAAAUUAAAUCAAUGAAAGGGUGGUCUCUUGUUUUUUUGGACAGUACUGUAUAUGACUGCUGUUUUUGUGUUUUUCCCCUCUGAAGUCAUCGUACUAUUGGAACCAACAAUGUAGAGUGAUUGAAAUAUGGCAGAUACUGUACAACCAUGUCUGAAAUGUAUUAUUUUCUGUUUCUCUUAAAGCCUCUAGGACAUUAUUUAUAUGAUUGUCACUUAUGUGAUGAGAUCAUCUAGAAAUCUUUCAAGAUUGAGAACACUUCCUGGUUUGUCGGGCCCUGGGGAGAAGGGUCUUUUGUUUCUUCAUGUCAGUGACAGAAAGGCAGCAAAUACCAUAUAAUUCUGUGCGACAACAUUCAACAUUGUAGCUUUAGUAGACUUCGUCUAGCUGUCUUGGGAAAUACAGUCUCAACUGCCUGGUAUAAAAAAUUCAAGGUGUUGAAAGUUAAUGUUGAUUUGUUAUUAAUUAAUUAAAAUUAAAACCUUUCAUUUAUUUGCAGUUAAAACCAGUCACAGAGCAUAUUCAGUAUAUAUAAUAAAUAGGGACAGCAGCAUGAGCAGAUUCUCAACAAGGUGAUAAUAGCAUGCACUGAUUUAUUAGGUUCAGUUAUUAGAUACACCUACUUUGUACAUGUAAAUUGGCCAGUUUAUCAGAAAAGCCUACCACAUGGAUGCAUUUUGUAUAUUAACAGUUACUGACUGUAGCUCAUCUGUUCCUGGAUUAUUACGCACCUCAGCAACAGUACUGGGUUGAGUAGUCCCCCAGCCAGGCGGGUGUGUCUAAUAAAUGGUCAGUACAUCUACACAGCAUGCAGAAAUCCCAGCACCAUUGCCUUUGAUGUCAUGGUCUCACUACAGCUAAGAAUGGUCCUCCUCCUAAUUAAUAUGUGGUUAUCAGUUGGCCUGUGGUGGUUCCUUUCCAUUGAUUGGUGGGGUAGAGGGGGCUGAUAAAUUGUACAGCAACAAAUGACCUACAGUCAGUAAUUGUAAACCUACAAAGUACAUCUAUAUGAUAAAAUGGCCAGUCAUGGUAUGUAGAAGGUAGGUGUGCCUAAUAAACUGGUAUAUAAUGUUGCCAUUUAAACUAGGCUGCAAAUAAUGUUCAUCAGCUGAGCAAAAUGUCAUGAUGGAAGCAGAAACUUAUUAGCAGUGUGUUUCUUAGACUGAAGACUGAGUUUAAUCAGAGUAAAUAAAUAGACAAAAAUAAAAUUCAAAUUGUAAAAUAUAUUAAAUACUUGCCAGUCUAUUUAUGAUCUACCUACGUUGUCAUUUUAUCAGCUACCAUACACUCUGGGUGCAGGUGUACAAUAGCAGACUAGCCCAUGUGCUGCUGCACAAUUUAUCUGUCCCCCUCACCCUGUUGUUUUAAAAUGAGUAGAAAGUGACCACCAGACUGUAGCUAAGCAGAUGAUAUUUGAGUGGUGGAUCAUUCUCAUCAUGUUAGUGGCAUGUUCAUUUGUGUUACUGUGGUAUGAACGUAUCAGGCACAGCAGUGAACUGUGUACACCUUUCAACAGUUGCUGCAAAUGUUGUGUCAGAUACAUGUACCAGGGAUCUAUACUUGUAGGCAAUAGUUUGAACACCCCUGGUCAAAUGACACGUCUUGUUAAUUUUCUAAGUGAAAACAGGUUACAGUGUGUUCUCUGUAUGUUUAACUUAUUUUAACUUGGAAAACUGACAAAACAUGUAUUUGACCAAGGGUUUUCAAACUUUUGCAUACAGCUGCACCUGAAGCUUUGCAGCGCACAGAUCUACAAUAAUUUGUAAGAUGUGGUAGCUAAUAAAUCUGUUUCAUUAUUUAGCAAGAGAUACUAACAUUGGCUUCACAUUUAUGAAACCGCUUAGCUUAGGAGUGUUGGUCUAGGGUCUGUUCUUGUCAGUAAUGUCAUGGUCAUUGAGAGAAAUCUGAUCUUUGGUCAGCAGUCCUGCUCUGAGAAGCUUUGUGAAUACAGGCCAUUGACAGCUGGUAGCCAGAUGACCUCUAAAUGUUUUGUUCCAUCUAGAAUUGGAAUACACCGUAGAAAUAUGGUAAAGCCAUUACAAAUCUAAACGUGUUACUCAGGUCCAUGACUUUAGACUGGUAAACUGGCUAAACUGGUAUUGCAGGCUUGUGUUAACAGUACUUUUAUUGUGGGCUAAGACGUUAGGUUUAUGCCACACUGGUAGCAGAAUGUUUUAUUUAUAAGAGCAAAAGACAGAAUGUCUGUUUCAUUACGCUAUGAUAAUCUGAAAGGUUUCACACUAGGAUAGUGAGUUUUUAAUACUGAUAUGCUGACAAGAUUUGAACCCAGUUCCCUUUAUACUUAUUCAUAUAAAUCAAUUUUCCGUUCAUUAUUGGCCAUAUCGUGUUUAUCACCAACUGCAAUCACUUAAUGGGCCAGUGUAAAUCACGCUGGGUCUGCUUCUCUGGCAUAAACUGACCAGCUAAUCAACUUCCGUUUCUAAUUGUCUUAAUUUUUGUUUGUUAUUUCGACAAAAUAUACAUAAACUAGCUGUAGCGUAACACUGUGAACUUUUAACAUAUUUCUGUAACAUUUAUGAUUUUUUUAUCACAUGAUUUAAGAGCAGGUAUCUGAAUGUGGCUUAAUUUAGACACACAUGUAUAUAUAAACAUUAAGUAUAAUUUUACAGUAUAAAUGUGACAUAAAUGGUUAAAAACUGGUAAAAUCACCACUUUAGUAGCAUUUCAGAUGAUUAGCAUAUUAAAGUAAGCGAAUUUGAGAAGCAUCUUUUCAUUUUUUUCAAAUUUUACUUCAUGUUUUUUAGCCAUAAGAACUCCUAUUUGAAGUACUUGUAGUAACAAAACAUGUAGUGCAAUAUUUUAAUACUUUUAAAAUGUCAAUUUGCAAUGGACAUAUCACUUUAUUUAUUUACUGUUUUCUUAUUUAGGCCUCUGUCCACCACAAACAUUACUCUUUGGCCCCCCAUGACCAAAAAAACUCGUUAACUACCUCAGUAUGUUUAAAUUUCCAUGUUCAUUGAGCUUAUUCUUAUGUACAUUAAAUAUUAAUCUUCGAGUGAAUGUGUGGAUGAAAAUGUGAAUAAAAACAACUUGGUUAUCA